AUGAAGAAAAUCAUCUCUUCUCUCCCUGAAAGUUGUGAAGAAUUGGAUCGCGGAUUUCGAGCAGGCAAUCUCAACACCCUUGAAGACCUAAGUUGUCCAGAUGAAAAUAGGAAAAGUGAUAGCCAACAUCGUGAACAACUCACCAAAGAUGUUACUUCUGUGCGCAUGGAUGAAUUAUGCACCCCUCCUUUUAAUCAUGAAAGGAGUCCCAUGAAAGACUUGGUCCAAGUUGAGGCAACACUUUGUUCACAGAAUCUUGUUGUUCCCAAUGCUAAUCACAAAUGGCUAGGAAAGUUUCAGAUGCACAACAAUGAGGGGAUUACAAGGACUUGUGAUGGGAUUCAAGCGCACUUAUCAAAUUUUGCAUCGAUUGAAGUUGUUCAAAUGGUGGAUAGGCUUCCUGAGAUUAUUAUAUUGGAGGAACUACCUCGAAGGAGGAUUUGGCCAUCUCAAUUCAUAAGAAGUCAAAUCACUGAAGAAAAUAUUGCACUUUACCUCUUUGCACAUGAUUUUAAUAGGUUUGAUUAG